AUGAGCAACAGCAACCCGAUGGCCACGUGCGUCAAGGCCGAGCAACCCAUGACGGGGUCCAGGCCUGACACAGAGACCCGUGCAACGGCAACAUGCGCUUCCGCAGUAGCCACCACGGAAGCCGCAGCACUGUCGUCGGCAGCGGCGGACUUCAGUGCCAUUCCGACGAGCAAUGCACUUUUGAGUGCGCGACUGAAAAGAGAGCUGAAGUCUCUCUGGUGUGCGAAUGACCCCGCCACCAUGGCACUUCGAGACACCAGCAGAACGAUAAUGGCUCGCGGCACACCGCCCAAGUCCGCUGAGGUGGCCUCCGUUGUACCGCCCUUCAAGGUCGGUACGGUUGAAAUAUACCGCCGCUUUCCGGAGGCCUACGAUCUGCUCAUGGACCACCACAACUGCACUGCCGUGCGCCACACACUCCUGGAGGACGUGCUGGGCCGCAUUGCUCGCACGGGUACUAUAGCGCCAGGACCAGUGGAUGCCGCUGCGGAGACUUCGGGGCAGCGCCGCACGCAGCCGUGGGUACGUGUGGCGGACUUUGGGUGCGGCACGGGACGCAUCGAGGGGAUGGUAGCGCAGCACCCUGCCGUUCAGGCCAUCUACGCGUACGACAGCGAGGUAUCGAUGCUGCGGCGCUGUCUGGCGAACACCGUCCGGAGUGCAGCUCAGUCCGGUCAUUACGACACCGUGACUCUGCUACCCGUGGCCGCGCCGGCAGAGACGAUGGGAGAAGGCAAUACUCCCAGCGCCGCCUCUCACGCGCUGUCGUCACCAUCUGUGUUGUGCGGCGCGGACCAUAGCAAGGCGGAAACAAAGGCGCCAUCAGCAGUGCUGCAACUGUGCCUCCGCCCUGUACCGUUUCAGGCAAUUCAGUCAAACUUUCUCACAGAAACGCAGCACCCCCGCUGCCCCCUGGUUGUCUGCGCGUGGUCUCUCUCCUACGUCAUGCGAAUGCAGUGGGGCGAGGACCGCUGGCACGCUGCUGUAGACUCGGUUGUGCAGUCACUGCUAAGUCUGCUUGAUAACACGCGCUCGGAUGCGGCGGUGGUCAUACUAGAGACGCUGGGUAACGGCUCUGCGGUCCCGACGCGGCAGAGCACGUACACGCAGCGGCUGGAGGAGCGCUUUGGGUUCACACGGACGUGGGUACGCACGGACUACGAGUUCAAGAGCACAGCCGACGCAGAACGCAUGGUGCGCUUUUUCUUUGGCGAAAAGAUGCUGGCGCAGCUCACCUCAGACGAUGUUCGUAGUGGAGCCGGAGAGAAUGGCGUUACUGACGACACGGGUAGUGGUGGCGGCUGUCGCCUAAUGGAGUGCACGGGCAUUUGGACACACUGGAAGGCGAGAGAAGCGCCGGCGGGAGCCACUCAGUGA